AUGCAAUCAGUUAUUCAUGAAAACUUCUAUAUUUUCCAGGUGAGCCCUGACCCUUGUCAUGUAUUAAAUGUAACUGUUCUUGAUGCUCAUAAAAUUACAAAAGGGUGGAUUCGUGAUUUCGUUGAUAAGCCUGACCCCUAUAUAAUCCUAAGAAUACCCGGGAGCUCCAAUGGCAGAAAAAGAACUGCACAUUUUAACAAUGUUAGUAGUCCUACAUGGAAUGAGAAUUUUUCGUUCAUCCUUGAUCCUGAAAAAGUGUAUGAGCUUGAAAUUACUCUGAUGGAUGCAAAUUAUACUGUUGACGGAGUACUAGGCUGUGAAAAAAUCAAUCUUGAAAGCUUAGUACUUGAUGAAGAAUGUCUAAUUACUCUAAAAUUUGGAAAGGUAACUGAACUUAAUUUGAAGCUGUUAUUGACUGUUAAUAAUAAUCCUGAUCUGCGUUAUGGAUUAUGUCUCUCUGAGAGAGAAAAAGAAUUCAGAAAACAUCGUCAGAAAAUUGUUAUGAAUGCUCUUAAAGAUAUGUUUGCUAAUAACUAUCCUGAAGAAGAUAAUGAGGUCCCUACUGUUGGAAUUGUUGCCUCUGGAGGUGGUUUUCGAGCAUUGGUAGGAUUUCAUGGUGUCAUGAAAGCCCUUUAUGAAACAAAAUUAAUUGAUUGCAUAACAUACAUUGCAAGUUUAUCUGGAUCAUCAUGGUACUUGUCUACUCUCUAUUCUCACCCCGAAUUUCCUGAAAAAUCCCCUACUGACUUACUUGAAGAAUUUAAAAGAAGUGUAUGUCGCAGUCCUUUCUGGCUUCUAAGUCCAAACUCCAUGUAUCGAUAUAUUUCAACUAUAAGAGCAAAAUAUAAAAAUGGUCAGCCUGUGAGCUUUACAGAUUUCUUUGGACAUCUGCUGGGAGACACACUACUCAAAGAUAGAAUAGACACACGACUAUCAGAUCAAGUUAAAAAUUUGGAGGACGCUAAAGUACCUAUGCCACUCUAUUCAUGCCUUCAUGUCAAAAGUAAUGUUUCAGCAAAGGUUUUCCAAGAUUGGAUAGAAUUCACACCAUACGAAAUUGGAAUAUCCAAAUAUGCUACUUUUAUGAAAGCAGAGCAAUUUGGCAGCAAAUUUUUCAAAGGUCAUCUUAUGAAAGAAUUUCCAGAGUUCCCUCUUCAUUAUUUACAAGGUGUCUGGGGAAGUGCUUUUUCAAUAUUAUUCAAGCGUCUUUUUCAAAAGAGUACUCAGCUGUCUUUAGAUUUGGAUAACUAUUUUACUGAAGAAUCUGAUGAUGAGGAAGAAAUAUUCUAUGAUGCAGAAGAUUACCUAGAUGAUGAAGAUAUACUACGAGAAGCAUUUGAGGGUCUAGACUUGGACCAAGAAGAAGGGUACGACAUUCAGUCUGAAAGUGAAGAAGACUUGGAUGAGAAGAGUGACAAAGAAGGAUCUAGUGACAUAACAAAGGAAGGAUUUUGGCUGCAGUUUAUCAAUAACAUAAGCACCUGUCCUGCCUUAGACACGCGAAAAGGCAGAGCUGGAAGGAUUUUGAAUCCAUUGAGAGGUUUAUCCCUUAUACCAUGCUUUCCACAUUCACCUGUGUCACCAACUAAACCACGUGAUGAUACGCUGUUCAAAGGACUAACUGAACCUGCAUCAACCAACAAAAAAACUCUGUAUUUAGUUGACGGAGGUCUAAAUUUCAAUUUACCAUUUCCUCUUUUGCUUCGCCCUCAAAGAACUGUUGAUAUGUACUUGACAUUUGAUUUCAGCAGCAGAGAAUCAGAUAAUAAAGCUCCGUUCAAAGAAUUGUUACUGUCUGAAAAGUGGGCUGAAUUAAACGAUUGUCUUUUUCCACCGAUUAAGGAAAUUGCAGCUGAGUACUUAAAGCAACCUUCUAAGGAAUGUUAUGUAUUUAAACAUCCAACAAAUGAAUUGUGUCCAAUAGUUUUGCAUUUUCCUCUCUGCAAUUUGAAUUUUAGAAAAUUUAAAGAACCAGGUGUUCCUCGUGAAAGUGCUGAAGAACUGGAAUUUGCUGAUUUUAAUAUUUUUGGUGGGGAACAAAGAAAAGCAUACUCAACCUUCAAUUUUAAAUAUCCCCCAAAGCAGUUUGAUAGACUGUCUCAACUAAUGGAAUUCAACGUUCUUAACAACCUUGAUAUUAUUAAAGAAAAUUUGGACUUGAUAGUUUCAAGUAAAAAGCAAGAUACAUUUCAAUUGAACAUCUCGAUGCAAGAAACGGAUCGCUCCACUCAUUCCCAGUAUUGUGUUUUGCUUUGAAAUACAUGAGGAAAAGUACCUUUCAUUCAGUACAAGAAUGAGA